GAGGUGGAAGUGCAGCCCGUGCACGUUGGGCUUCCCUUCCCUGUAAUCCACACUCUUGCAGCGCACGGCCCUGUGUUGUAGGGCUUUAGGAAGUACGCAAAUGAGGCAGGUGGGACUGGCUUGGCUUCUUACUUGCAGGGCUGCGUGGGAGAAGCAGAGUCAGACUGGUGCUUUCGCUAAAGCUCAGCGGAACUGUCUGUCCUCACUGCACAAAAGCACUGAGGCUGUGGCUGGGCAGCCUUAAUCCAAUUACAGCUUAGUUAAAAUGGAAAACUUUGUAUCCCGUCUGAGUUUGGAAAUAUUCUGCUGGGUUGCUGCCUACCUGUGGCAGUGUUUGGGUUCUGUAGGAGCAGUGAUUGUGGUCCUGAUGGUUUCCUGUGCACACGUGGAUUUCCUCCUGCGCUCAGACCUGUGCUGGCGCAGCAGGGCAGUACAGCUGCCAGCAGUGCUGCUCAUCCCUUUCCUAACCCUUCCCCUCCCGCUCCUCCAUCUCCUCAUCCCUCCCUUCCUUUAUCUGAGUGGAUUCAUACAACCCCAAGCACAGAACUUUUCUCGUUUUGAGGGCUCGUUUUGAGAAUAGUUUUCCAUCGCUUGUGUUUGAACCACUCUCUCCUUAUUCCCACUGGCCUAUCUCCUGCUGCCAUGUGCAGUCACGUCAUACAGUGUCUGUUUUUCUCCUCUCCCUACCUUCCCCUCUCCAGACCAGUUCCUUUUAUUUGCUCUUGUUAUACGUAUCUUGCAGCUUUAUUUAUCCUCUUCCCUGUUCUUUAUUCUCUGCUCCAGAUCACAUGUAAACUGCCUUCCCUUCAGCUUGCUGAUCCUUGUGUAUCUGGCAAGGGCAGAGUGGAUUAUAUCUGACAUCUGAGACUUUACCUCCUAUGAUGAAAAUAAUACACCCCUGAAAGUCAGCGUGAACUUGAAGCAUUUUAGGAUUUGCUUGUCUUCCUGAUGUGUCACAGGAUAGCUGUCUGUCAGUAAUGCUUGGAAAAUACAUUUUGUCUCCAAAUUCUUUCUGGUUUGAUGGCACUUAGAGCAGAAACACAAUCCGAACUACUGAACUGCCUCAUGUUUCUGUCGUCUGAGGGCUGACUGAGGGUUUUGGCUCCCACCUUCCAGCUGUUGAAACUCUGCUGCUGUGCAGAUCUUGAAUGCUUCAGUCAAGGAAGCUUUUAAGCACUGGUCUUCAGGUGAAAAUCUGGACAGCUGAAAACUGGCUGAGGAGCCACUUUCUGCUCUGACAGACGCCUUGGGGAAGCUGUAUUUAGCACCUCCCCUCUGUAGCCUUUUCCCUGUGCAGCUCACUGUGCUUCCCUUGCAGGUUACACCGGGGCAGGAAUAUCAGGUAUCUCGGUGAAGUUCUUGGGCUCUGCAUUUUUUUUUUUUCUUUUCUUUUGGAAAUUGUUGCUAAAUUUAUGGUGAGAAACCUUGUAGUUCUGUUUCUGAAGACUGCAGAUAUCAGGAAUAUAUUCCAAUAUAUAUUGGAAUACACUGCUGACAUGAGAAGAAAAUAAAAAUGAGAGUCCACGUUUUUAUACAGAGUGCCCCUUAGCCAGUAGGGAGCCUCACUUCACAAGAUUUUAGGUAGUGGUUUUGAAGUGGGGCCAAAUAUAAUGCUCUGUGGUUCUCAAUAAAAAUGACACUUUGCUCAAAACAUUUUCUAUUUUUUUUGUGUUAAAGUAAUGCUUUUAACUCAAAAGUUUGCAGAAAAAUGCUUCUUGGGGAUAAUUGGCAUACUAAGUACUUAGCAGCAGAUGGUGCCCUAUUUGCAAAUUAAGCCUUAGCAAAAUGAAAAAUGAAACAUCUCAUUCUCACUAAAAUCAUUUCUUCCAAAAUCAUCCUGUUGAAUUUUCUGGCUGCCUCUGCUAUUCACAUAUUCAGGUAAUGAGGUUACAGCAUGUAUUAGGAUUAUCUGUAACUUGAGUAAUGAUAAAUGUAUUUUUAUUUCUUAGUUUGCUAAAUGUUUUGCAAUUGAAGUGGUAACUGUAGUAUUUGUGUUUUAUUUGUUUGCUUUUUACCCUUUCCAGCAUUAUCCAUGCUUGGAACCACAGGCGGUCUUUUUGCCAUACCGUGGUGUAAGAGAUCUCUGCUGCUCACUGCCUUGAUGUCGCUCAUUGGAGCUGCCAUGGGAGUUCUUGACACGGGUGGCAAUGUUCUCGCACUGAACACAUGGGGAACAGAGGCCGGACCGCAUUUGCAGGCCUUGCACUUCAGUUUUGCAAUGGGUGCAUUUGUGGCUCCAGUUCUGGCUAAAAUGGCAAUGGGAAGUUCUGAACCCAGAGACUUUCAAGCAGGUGAAAAUGCAAGCCAGUCUAUUCUGAGCCCCGUAUCAACAGCAUCAGCUACACUAGCACUGAAACACCAUCUUGGUGCUGAUUUCUUGUGGUCCUACAUUGUCAUAGGGACCUAUCUGCUGUUUGUUUCUUUCUUCUUUUUUAUUUUGUAUUCAAAGAGCAGCUCGGUUCGGGACAAAUCAAAGGCUUCUGUGCAGAAAUGCAAGGUUGCCAAAUACCACCAUGCCCUUAUUAUUCUCCUUUUCCUGUUCUUCCUCUGCUACGUGGGAGCGGAGGUAACUUACGGCUCUUACAUAUUUACUUAUGCAAAGGUCUUUGCUGAGAUGAAAGAAAAUGAAGCGGCUGCUUUGAAUUCUGUCUUCUGGGGCGCGUUUGCUGUUUGUAGAGCGGUGUCAGUAUUUUGUGCUGCUUGCUUAUACCCCGGCACUAUGAUUGUGCUGAGCCUCAUUGGCUCUGCCGUCUCCUCUUCAGCCUUGGCUUUCUUUGCACACUACCCAAUUUCGCUGUGGGCUGGAACUGCGGUGUACGGAGCCUCCAUGGCCACCAUCUUCCCCAGUGGCAUUUCCUGGAUCGAGCAGUACACGGUCAUCCAGGGGAAGUCAGCUUCUCUCUUCGUGGUCGGUGCUGCUCUGGGGGAGAUGUGCAUUCCUGCAGUGGUCGGGUACCUGCAGGGGAAGUUUCACCACGUUCCUGUGGUCAUGUACACCGCUCUGGGAACUUCGGCAAUGACGGCUGUGCUGUUUCCUGUGAUGUACAAAUUGGCCACCGCUUCUGGAGAGGGCUUGAGAGAGAUGGGUGAAAGCGAGGACAGGAAGGCUUUGUUGUCCAGUUCGGGGCUUAACGAAGAUGAAGAGGAUGAGGAGGAUGCAGGAGAGUGGAAUGAAGCAGACUUUGAGGUAAUAGAAAUGAACGAUACCCUGAGAAACUCUAUGGUAGAGACCUCUCUCAAGGCAGCGGGGAGCUCCCCGUCGGAAGCCUCCCUCCAGCCACAUCCAGGAGAUGCUGUGGGUGAUUCUCCAGUGGCAGCUGGCGGCUCCCCUGGGAGAAAAAACCUGAAUGUUGACCGGGAGAAGAACGAUUAGAGUAAAAGCUGACUCUUUGGGUUUUUAACUAAAAAGCAAUGGAGUUGUAGCCGUUCUCAAAGUGCUUCAAGGAUCUUCUCAGAGUGAGAAGGAGGUUUCCACCUUUGCCUGUCCUUCCUCCUGCCUCAGUUGGGGUCUGCAGCGAUGUAUCCCAGAGAAAGUCCACAAUGAUGUGAAUGUAGUAAUGUGAUACAAUUUGUAGACUAUGCUGAAACUGCUAAAACAUGAGAGAUUUUCUAAAUGUCAGGCAUGCAUUUAAGUCAUUUAUGCUGUGAUGUGAGCUAGCUGGGAAGAAGCUGCUCAGACCACUUGGUUUUUUGGAGGUGGGUGAAGGGUGCUGUUCUGAGCUCCCUGGUCACAAAAGGUUUUCAUCAGAAAGAGAGAAAUCUGUUGCCUGUGGUGCUGAACUUUUUUAGCUUGUGAAAUGUUUGUACUGCACUGGGGGUCGGUGUGUGACAAACCAGGGAAUCAAGAAGUUGAAUUUCAGGUGAUGUAAAUGGGAUAUCCUGAUGGCCAGUCACACACUCGUCUGAUUCUGUCAUUAAGACAGGACAGAAGGAAAGAUGAAUUUUUAGGAGUGUAACCAUGCCUUUGGGUCACUUAAUGGUGGUGUAUGGGAACGAGGACAAAAGGUGUCAUUUAUCUGCUGUGUGGCUUAACUCUGAUUACUCGUUAACCAGUGGUGACAAAUCUAAAUACUUUAAGUACCUGUGAUUGUACUUGUGAUUUGAAUUACUGCACUACCAUUGAAAUCUUCAAAUGUAUGAAGAAGAUAUUCAGUGAUAUGUUAGAUAAAAUUGUGUUAAUGACAUGGGGCCAUGAUACUGUAAGCCGGUUCAGUUGAAAGGUUUAACAUCUUCUCUGGGCUUCCUGUGCCAAGGUUUUUACACAGCAGUGUGUAACAGCGGCGAUUUGAGAAUGAGGUGGAAUUAUUGAUGAGACAGAUAAUCCCGUCCAGUUGUACAGUGUGCCUGCUGGCUCUCUCUUAGUUGGGUGCUGCCCUUUGGCUCUUCUUUCCUUGGGUAAUGACACACAGCAGGUGCCUCCUUGAGGAGAAGCUGUGGUUUGUGUGUUCAGAUUCAUUGUUUGGGUGGGGAGGGGGAAGCCCUCAGGUCUGGUUGUGUCACCGAGUCCUUCCCAGUAAGAACAAAGAUGCAGCAGCUAAUGGCAAAGCCUGAAGCAGUAGUUCUGCAACAUGUCUACUUGAAAACCAAAAAUUAGUAGGUUGCUGUUUUUUGAAGCUGUGUGGUCAGAAUGUGGGUUGGUCUUCUGUGUUGUUUGGGUUUUGUUGUUGUUUGCACUAUUCUUAAUAUUUUUUUGCUAAGAGGUUUAAUGCUGACAAAAGGAAGAGCUCUAAGUGUAACAUAGCACAGAACUGUGGAUGUUUAGUGUGUGUGUUUUAGUUGUUUUUGUUCCUUCUCCUGUCCCCCUGCGUGUUUAACCUGGAACCUAAGGGCUUUUUCCUUUCUCCUGAAAAGUUAGUAAGAAAGAUGAAUCCAUUUGUAGUGAAAAUGUAUUAUUUUUCUUUUUUCCCUUUUUUUCCUCCUGCAGUGUCGAAGGGCCUCCUUGUCCUGCUGCUGUAGGCAUUUAAAUGCCAUUGCCUGUUUGCCUGAUUCUUCUUUCCAUGUGUGCAUUUAUGCACGCUUCCAAUGCAAUGCAUGAACCUGCACUUUAACGUAUGGAUUUGCUCCACCUGCUACACAAGAGGUUUUCUUCUUUGCUUAGAGUUUUUGUAAAUAUUUCUGAACAUCAGCCCAAAUCCUGUUCUGGCUGCACGUGGCAGCACUUGAUCAACAGAAGAAUGGCCUUAUGCAUUCAGUUAGUUUCAUGUAAUAGAGAUAAAAGAAAUGUCUUAGCAAAGAGAAUGACCGACUUAGGAGAGUGCAGAUUAAGCCUGGAUUUCCUACAGUUUUCUUUUUCUCUCUUCCUUCCUGCACUCUGCAAUAACUAACUGCUCUGUAUUUGGAAAAUAGGGAGUGUUAUCUGACAGCACAGGCAAAUCCUGUUGGUUUUAUGGGGAGAGGAGGAGCUUGUGCUUCUGCUCUGCUUUUAUGAGAUGUACUUUGCCCCCAGGAGGUCACAGGUAUCCUCUGGUAGAAGGGCUCAGCGUAGGGCAAACAAUAUCAGGAACCCAGGAGGUGUGGGGCAGCUCCCUGCUGCAAGAGCCAUCCACAUGUUUGGCCUGAACCAACGGAGCGACUCCUGACUGUGUUUGCAAAAUGAAUGAAUGCAAGGCACAAAGAAUGUCUCAGCUGGGUUAUGCACCAAAACUGCUGCUUCCAUCCAAGUAGAAGUACCUGUCAUUAGCAAGUUAAAAAAUAGAACAAUGGAGGCUUCUGCUGAUGGGAAUCUUAAGUGAUUUUAAGAGCCUCCCAUACCUGAGAUCAUGUUGUCAGAAAAAACUUAGUUUAAGAAGCUUGCCUGAAAGCAGGCAGAUUCUAAAAAUAAUUUGCAAUUUGUACACUAAUUUCUGAAUAAAUUUCAAAUUUGAAUGCUCUGCAAGGAAGAUUAUUCUCAGGGAUAGUUAACAAGUUUUACAUAAUCAAGUAGAGAAAAAAACAGAAAAUGAAGAUUAAAGCCCCAUUGAGAAAUGUGCUUUAAUGUCUUUGAACCAUCUAUACGUAUGUUAAUUAUAUGUAUGUGGAUAGCUCUGUACACGGAUAGACAGGUACGUACAUGUUUACUUGUGUUUCUGACUAAAGCCAUCACAACAAAUGGAGAAAUGCUGUCCAAACUAAAACCCAUGACUGGCUGAGUGGCAGUGUGUAACAUCAUGCUGAAACGAUACCCAGAAAGCCUUUGCCUGGAUGACUGUAGAACUGUGAGUUGUCUUUGCCAGGACUUACAGCUCUUGGUGUCUUAGUUUAGGUCUCAGACUUGAAUAGCACAUACAUACAGAGCUUGUGCUCAUCUCCCCUGAACACGUGUGUCUAGAAUCAGUAGGUGCCCCUUAAUGAAAACAAAAUGUUGAAUGCAAUUUAAGAUGAAAGCAGACCUGGGACCUUUUCAAUGCUGAGCCCAGCUCAUGGCAGCUCUAAAUGUCCUUGAUGCUCAGGGCUGUUGCUUUCCUAAUUCAUUGGAUUUUUGGUGUUUCUCAAGACCUGUUUUAGAAAAUGAAUAUUAGUUUUCAUAAUUUAAAUUUUCAAAGUGAAUCAGUUCUUGGCAUAUACAGUGAGGAGCUAUUUACAGUGUCUUUUUAAGUUAAGGGUAAAAGCAGUGUUUAAGCUCCGUGGAGGACUUCUUAAGUGUUAUUUAUGGGUAUUACCCAUUGCCUUGUUUAUGCCAGAAGGUCAUCCCGGUGAGAUGGCUGAAUGUUCUGUCAUUCACACUUUUGCCUGUAAAAGCAGGACUGCAUUGAGGAUGGUCAUGUUUCCAUUUCCUCCGGCCUUAAUGGUAAAUUCUUACAGUUAAAUAUCAAACAAUAUUUGUAUUUAGCCCUGACUCAUUCCCAAAGGCUGGAUUGUUACUGCAGGCACUAAGGAGUUACUGCUGGCGCUUGCACUGCUGUUCUGUAAAUGACCCUUCAGUGCUGGAAUGCAGAGUGGGCAACAGUUUGUGCCUUGGUGGGUUUUUGGUUCCUUUCCAUAGCAGCUCAUAGCAAUCUGGAUACGUUCUAUUAUAUAUUCAUCGUUUUUAUUUUGCUUGCGGUGGGUUUACGUAGUACUGUAUAAUGUGGAAUUUAUAACACUGACUUGUACCUUGAAUGUAAUAAAUUCUUAAUGGGAGGAGGCACUCAGGUUCCUUUAUGUAAAUAAAGUUUUGUUCUAUUUUUAAAAGCUA